AAAAAUUCGAGUUAAAUGGCAUUAAUUCCACCUGUCACACGCCUUACAUCCUCCAUAAUACGUAUACUGGGCUGUAACCCCAGUCUUAUGACGUUGCAAGGCACUAAUACCUAUCUUCUUGGAAACGGAAAAAAACGGAUACUGAUUGAUACAGGGGAUGAGGAUGUUCCUCAGUACAUAGAACACUUAAACGAUGUACUUCGCCGGGAACAAGCCUGCAUUGCCACUAUCAUUCUGACUCACUGGCACCAUGACCAUGUCGGUGGUGUUAAGGAUAUUGUAGGCAGCAGACUGGCAGACAAUGACUGUCAAGUAUUUAAGUUUAGUCGGACCGAUGCCAGUGAUGUAUGCCCAGAGAUCCCAGCUCACAUAAAAUUGCAGCCGAUGUCAAACAACCAAGAGUUUUCAGUAGAAGGAGCCAAUAUGCGUGUUGUACACACUCCAGGUCACACCACCGAUCAUAUUGUACUAGCGAUGGACGAAGGGACUCUUUUUAGUGGCGACUGCAUUUUAGGCGAGGGUACUGCCGUUUUUGAGGAUCUAUACGAAUACAUGAAAACCUUGGAUACAAUAUUAAAAAUCGAACCACAACGCAUCUUUCCGGGGCAUGGCAAUAUUAUCGAGGAGCCUCUUCCCAAGAUUGAGUACUACAUAAAUCAUCGCAACAAUCGUGAACAGCAGAUACUCCACUUUUUUACCCAACGACCCCAUAAGCGUUGGCAAUCAAUGGAUGUUGUGCGGGUGGUUUACAGUCAGACCCCUCAGAAGCUGUGGCCCGCUGCGGCCUACAACGUAAGUCACCAUCUCAAAAAGUUGCAAAAGGAGGGAAAGCUGCUGCUCAAUAAAUUAGAUGAAGAAACAUUUUAUGUUUACAAUCCAUUAAGUUUGUUCUAGAAUCUAGAUCUUAAGUCUAUAUCUAAAAUAUUCGAGCACUUUGUUUGUAACAAUAUUUUAUUUUCGGAAUAAAAUUAAAUUAUAAGGGC